GGGGCAUGCCACUGUGAUUUCAACAUGGUCUUGUCAAUCGACACUGCAGCGCGCUCCGCGCUGAGCACCAUGUGUCGGCAUUGCGCCAGGUCGACGGCAAGGCAAAUGUCACGACUGGCGCCUUCGAUGACGAGGUCGAUACACUCUGGCGAGCCUGCAAGGAUAACAAGCAAGACUCUGCGUAUGCCCAGAUCGCAGGGUAUCGCAAGGCCGUCCUCGAGUCUUGCACAGGCAGCACAUGCCUUUGGGUCUAGGAACAACGAGGCAACCGACGAGACCACCAAAGGAAAACGUAUCCUCGCCCAAGACGACCUCUUCCAUUCGUAUACCAACUCACCAAUCCCCGAGAUGCGCCAGCGAGCUGCUUUCAUGCGACAGCAUGCCUACUGUCCCUGUCCAGACCACCGACCGACCCGACUCUCGGAGAGCGGCCAGCCGCUACGCCAGUCUCCCGAGACCGCACAGCUGCCUCCGGCGCACGUCGACUUCGAGUGUCCAGAUUGUGGCGUGCCUGUCUACUGCUCCAAGGAGCACUGGAUGGCUGACUACGAGGCGCAUCUGGAGGUCUGCGACACGCUGAGGCAGAUCAAUGAGGACGACCAUGACUUGCGCUCGGGCAGAUUCUUCCCAGAAUUCGAGUAUGCGGGACCACAGCUGGAGGAGGCCAUGGUGAACAUGACCAACUGGGACACCUUCCUGUAUACGAGGAGUUUUCAGGCAAUCAAUUCGGACAGGAGUAUGAGACAGGCGACGAGGAUAUUGACGUAUCCCGUCACGGUGGGGAGCAUCCUACACGAACUCAGUCCGUACAGCCUACGGCAGGACAGCAGAUUGACCCCCGAGGGACUCAAGAGCUUCAGUGCUUUACGAUACACUUUGCACCCGCCGAGAUCAGGUGGUGGUACUGGGGUCAAGAACCUCCGCCUCGAGGCACCGCCAGUCCGUCUGUUCAUCCUGGGUGCACGCGCAGAAUCCUCUCUGCCGCGUGACGCGUGGGUGCAGUUGGCACAUCUCUUCCCUCGCUCAAGCUUCCACCUCAUCUUCAUCGGCCCUGAGGCAAUGGCCAACCGAGACGACGAGUUCCCCCUCCCAGAGAGGACUCCAGGAAACCCAUACGGCGCCAUAGUCGAGCGCCCCUGGCACAGCAUGAAAAUAAGCACGAUUGUGGACUACUACCACAACAUACACCGCACUGGCUACUUUUACCCGUACGACCCUUACUUUGACUGCUUUGUCCUGUUUCAUCCCGGUCUGGGCCACCCUGCCAGUUCGCACGAGUGGGCGGAGACGGUGCCGAUGCUGCUGGAGACCAAGGCGCCCAUCGUCGUGACGGGCUACACACAGUACGAUAUGGAGAGGGAUAUCGAGUGGGUCAACAAGACGGCUGCUGGCGAGUUUGACCUUCUCUUGAAGCCUGGCGAGAACAUCUUCCGCAGCUUAAGGUGGGAUCUGAACGAUAUGGACCCUCAGGAUAUCACUUGUGGUAACUGGGGUACUUGGGCCUUCCGCGGCAAGAGGUACGAGACGACAAGGAAAGACAUCGAAUAG